UUUCGCGUAAAAGGGCUACUCUCCUUCUUUCUUCUCCAGAUCGCUCUCACGAACAAUUACGGUUUUGUCCUCUCUGCGUAUGCGCCGGAAGUCCUCCCUUUCGUCGCCGGAAUUCAUCGAGCGUUCGGGCUUCUCCGUCUUAUUCCUCCGAUAUCUGAGACUCUGAGUCAGUUCAAUCUCUACCGUCCUUUCGCAUGUCGUCUCCAAAUUUCAUGACUCUGGAGAGACUCAUAUAAAAUGGCAGGCCAUAUGGGAAAGGCAGCCCCCUCCACUGGUUCAGUUUAUGUGUGUGACUUGCCGCCAGGGACCGAUGAGAAUAUGCUGGCAGAGUUCUUUGGUACAAUAGGUCUGCUGAAGAAGGACAAAAGAACAGGUCGUCCCAAGAUCUGGUUAUACAAGGACAAAGUGACCAAUGAGCCAAAAGGUGAUGCUACGGUAACAUAUGAGGACCCACAUGCAGCAUUGGCAGCAGUUGAAUGGUUUCAUGACAAGGAUUUCCAUGGAAGUAGAAUUGGUGUGUUUAUAGCCGAGUCUAAAAGCAAGGAACCUGAGGUAGUUGUAAAUGGAGUGGGUGCUGAGCUAGGGGAGGAUGGUACAGAUCCCAAUGAAGGGGCUGGAAGAGGCAGAGGAAGGGGUGAUGCUUCAGCCAAAGCAUGGCAACAAGAUGGAGAUUGGAUGUGUCCAAAUACAAGCUGUGGCAAUGUAAAUUUUGCAUUUCGUGGUGUCUGUAAUCGUUGUGGAACUGCCCGUCCUGCUGGUAGCUCUGGCACAGGUACUGGAGGUGGUGGUCGUGGGAGGGGCCGAGGUGCCAGUGAUGCAGGUGGCCGUGGUCGUACAGUUGGUGGUCCUACUGGACUUUUUGGUCCAAAUGACUGGCCGUGCCCUAUGUGUGGAAACAUCAAUUGGGCAAAACGCACGAAGUGCAAUAUCUGUAACACCAACAAGCCUGGCCAUAAUGAAGGUGGUGUUAGAGGAGGACGUGGAGGAGGUUACAAGGAAUUAGAUGAAGAAGAAAUUGAGGAAACAAAACGAAGGCGUAGAGAGGCUGAAGAAGAUGAUGGUGAGAUGUAUGAUGAGUUUGGGAAUCUCAAGAAGAAGUUCCGUGCCAAGACACAACAAGCAGAGACCACACAAUCACUUCCAGGUUCAGGACGGGCUGGAUGGGAUGUCGAGGAGCUAGGCAUGGUGGAAAGGAAUAGUAAAGAGAGAGGCAAAGAUAGAGGAAGGGACCAUAGUGAAAGGGAGAGCAGCAGAAGCAGAGAAAGAGAUGCAUACAAUCAUGAGAAGGAUCGUCGAAGGAGCUGGAGUCGAGAAAGAGACCGGGAGCGUGAGAAGGACAGAGGCAGGGAUAGAGAUCGUGAUUAUGACCGUGGGAGAGACAGAGGUUACGAGUAUGAUAUUGACAGAGUACGAGAACAUGGGAGAGAUCGGGACCGCUAUCGGUGAAAUGGCUCAUCUUGCUCUUUGUGCAAGUGAUCUAGCCUCUUUCCUUGGUGCUGAGCUGCAGGUUGUUAGAGAACUUAUUCAAUAGGUGAGUUAUGCCUUUUGAUGUUUCUGGCUUUUCUGGUGAAUAUGUUGUUGGAAGUUGAAGAGGAACUUACAACCAGAAGUUUUUCAAUUUUCUCCUUAUUUAUGAGAACUUGUCUAAGCGAGAGGCACCAUAGUUUUGCUUGGUAUUUUGAGAUAUGUGAUUCAUUUUCGUGGAUAAUAUCCGAGCUAUGUGAUUUGGAUUAUGGAAAGUUGCCAAUGCAUUUUGGUUCUUCUGGUCUUUUGGGAAUUAAA